GUCGAGGGCUGUGUCGCUUUAAGGCAUGUGAUACUUUCCCGAGCAGGGAUGUAUUGAAAUAGGCUACGGUGCUUACAGCAUCAUAUAGCAGCGUACGUACAGCUGCCUUACUCUGCACUGCCUGCGCUGGAGUGAGGCUGCUCUGUCAUUAAACAUACGCUGAGCCUCGUCCUUAAGUAUACUGGAAGCUGCAAAUUAUCUCAAGAUCACUUCAGAGGUCUCAUCAAGCAGAAGGUGCCGCUAGGAGAUGAUUUAAAGGUGAAAAUGAGAAGGUUUCCACCCCUCAAACCUUGGCCACUUUUCUGACGGCAGAGUGUGAGAGCUCAGAUGUCUUCUUUACUCUGGGAAUAGGAUUUGUAACGAAAAAGAGAACUUUUCUUUUCUUUUUUUUUUUUUUAAUCCUGAUAAAGAAGAUUAUUGGGAAGCUAUUAAAAAUCCCUUAUUGUGGUACAGAUGGAUUUAAAAAAGUGUUAGAUCUUUCCAAUGAACACUAUUAGAGUGCUCUCCUCUUGGUUGGAUUACUCAGAGAAUGGCAGUGGUCUCUGCAAUGUCCUGGGUCCUGUAUUUGUGGAUAAGUGCCUGUGCAAUGCUGCUCUGUCAGGGGUCCCUCCAUCACACUUUCCAGCAGCAUCACCUGCACAGACCAGAAGGAGGAACGUGUGAAGUUAUAGCAGCACACAGAUGCUGUAAUAAGAAUCGAAUUGAGGAAAGAUCACAAACAGUAAAAUGCUCCUGUCUACCUGGGAAAGUGGCUGGGACUACAAGAAACAGACCUUCCUGUGUUGAUGCUUCAAUAGUGAUUGGGAAAUGGUGGUGCGAGAUGGAGCCUUGCCUAGAGGGAGAGGAAUGUAAGACGUUGCCUGAUAAUUCUGGAUGGAUGUGUGCAACUGGCAAUAAAAUCAAGACCACCAGAAUCCACCCGAGAACCUAACGGAGAGCCGCCCGCGUGGACACGGCGAGAGCCUGGCUGGCGCGUGAGGACACGCUAUCGGAGGUUUCAAAGCCUUGCAGCAUUUACAAGCCAAAUGGAUUUCUUAUUUGCACUGACUGGUGACUAGAUAACAGUGGCUUUACUGCGUGAAGAGCGUAUUCUGUGGAAAUAACGCCCCGCAUUUUUGACAUCCUAAAAGCAAAGAAAACGGUUCUUUGGUAAAGUUUCCAAGAUUCUGAAGUACAAGACAACAGUAUUAUAAGUUUGGAUCUACAAUUUACUUUAUAUCAUUUAAAGUAUAUAUAUUAAUAUAUGAUAUUUUGAAAUAAAAGCCUCACUCUUCAAGAAAUUGAAUACUACCACACUUUGCCACAGCUGCUGUGAUUUUUUUUUUUUUUUUUUCUUUUUUGCAAUGGUCUGGAAGAUCCCUACAUGUUUCAGAGAGAAAUCAGGCAGCAAAGAGGCAGAGCAAACCCGCUACAGUGCGAGGACGCCAAGAGCUACGUGAAUCGAACCGCUGCGGCAUCCGGAGCUUCCCAUCCCCACCGGCGGAGUAUCGAGGGCGUUUCGUUGUUCCACUUUCUCGUGUCCCGGAGGCUUUUCCCCUUGUGCAAUACUAGCAUGCUGGCUUUGCUUACGUAACCAUACUUGAUACUUAAUUGAUAUCUAACAAUGAUAAUUCUAUCCUCUUCCAAGAAAAUAUUUUUAGAGCUAUUAGAUAUUCCACGAAGAAGAGAAGGACAACUACUGAGUGAAGUACAGUAUGUAUUAAAAGUUUAUUUGGCAGAGUUUGGUAGACUCUGAGCUCCCUUAUUAAAGAUGUGCUGUACAUACAAUGUCUUCAGACUUUGUAUAGCUGGUAGAGACCAUAGUAAAAACCCAGUAACCAACUCCAAAGCUUUGCGUUGUUCGCUCACUAAUUCUUUGAAAUGACAAGGCUGUAUCUUUUCGUUCCGACACGCAAGAGGGGUUUUACAUACGGUUUGUUUUUUUUUUUUAAGCUAGCCUAUUUGCAGUUGUUGAGCAAGCAUUUAAGUCCAGUUGAAUGCUUGUGUGGACAGUGCGAGCACGCGGGCAAGGUGCUGUGGCUGGUGCUCGCCGUGGGGGCACCUGCCUGGCCACGUGCGUGUACGACAGCAAGCUGCCUUUAACCCCUGCAGGCUGGGCUCAGUCGUAUGCCAGGCACCUGCCACCUGCUAAAAGCACGCGUGCGGACACCUCCACGGCACAGCAAACGCACGAGUCCGGUCAAUGAGUUGUGCCUGAGCCCUGCUUUUAUUUCAACACUAGUUCCUUCUGGUUUAAUUUUAAUGUUUCCUACUAAGGUGAGAUCAGCUCAGAGGAGCUGCUCUUCGGCUAGGAUGUGUCCCAGGGCCACUACCCCGAGUGCUCUGCAUCCUGGCUCCCACCAAGCCAGUGCUGCUCACCACACAGCUGAGGAAAGACCAAUCCAAGGGCUCAAAGGUGCAAGCCUAGUCCAUAUUCCCAAGCACUUUUGUAAGCAGCCCCAUUAAUUUCAGUGGGUUUAUCUGUGCGGAAAAGUACCUUGCUGUCACAUAAGGUCUGCUCGGUCCAGCCUUCAGCCUGCCUCAUGCUACCUCAUCAGAAAGGAGCAUGGGAGUGUAGAACUUGUUUUAACCAGCCCAACUUCAUUUCUUUAAUAUUUCCAAUUUCCUUUCACCCUACUUUCCUGUCUCUCACAGGCCCCCUUUGGCCAUGCUGAUCAGUUUUAAUCCAGUGCAGAGCAAGUGCUGCAGUUGCCAGCCCAAAAUUGCUCACAAUUCUCCCACUAACUUUCUCUCCCCUUCAGGGCAACCACUUCAACACCUGAUGUUUCAAGACAGAAAUUUGUCGCUGUAAUUACAUUGUAUAUUAAAGCAGCUACAGGACAUGUCAUGCCAUAUUCCACACAGGCUUUCUAUGCUGGUCCCUGCCUGAUGCUCAGUUAAAAUGGAUGUUCUGCUUCCAAGAAAUAGUGUUAUUUCCCCAUUUAAAAAGAUGAGACUGAAAAGUCUUAAAAUCAUUUCUCUUCUGUGCAUAGAAAGGCUAAAAGAGGAGCAUGAGCUCUACCACCAGUUGCAGGUCCUACUGCUUGGAGACCAGCCCCACUGGUUGAGCCUGGGACAACCGUGCUGAGAGCAUGGGCCAGCUGGCUGGGUCAUGUAUCUGCUGGUGUGAAGCAGGCACCAGCCUAGACUGCAGAAGGCAUCUGGACCCCAGGCUGCAUGUGGUGUGCCACAGGCACCUGUCCCUAGCCCCAUCUUCUGUCUGGGGAGUCUUCCCAGAACAAGCUCAUCAGAUCAGCUCCAGGCUCAUUCACCAAUGAGAAAUUCCUCCCAGGUAAAUCCCAAGCAUUUCUCAUUUUUACAAGAACUAGCACUUUAAAAACUCCAUGACCCUCUUGAGCUAGGAAGCUCUCGAUAAACUAAAAGAUAGGCCCUGCUGCCAGGACAUGAGGGGGUUAAGAGCCAGGAAGCAUUAUCAUCCCUUUACCAGUGAUAAUUGAGGCACAGCUGAGCAGCCACGCAAAAUCACUGUGGAGGGCUGCAGAGAGCAAAGAUUGAACUCCAGUUUCCAUAUUCACAUCUGGUGGUUCUGCAACCUGUCUCUCAGACUGACACGUAGCCUUUUGUGUGCUUUGCUGAAGCCCAAGGUGCCACAAACAGGAGCUCUUUACCCCAUGGCUGUAUAUCUGACAUGGCUCAAACUGAGUACAUAACAAUGCUUAUACCCAUGUCUGAAAUGUGUCUAUUGAGAUGGGAAAAUAUUAGACUUGCUAAAAUAUAAGGAGGAGGAAAUGUUGUCAUUACCGCAGCAAAGUUUGAGGUGUUUAUGAAUUUUUUGUUGCCAGUAGGCAGUCUCAGAUAUCACAGCACCAAAUUCAGUAAACAUCUGCAUCUCUUUGAAGUUAUUGCAAAAUCUGCUCAUGAAGUGCAGCACUGAGAAAUUGCUGUUUUAAUUAAAAUGUUUUAGAUGGGAAUUAAGGCCUUUGCAAAAAUAAUGACUAAUAAAACAUGAAGUCAAAUUAAGAGCCUGACGCAGCUAGCCUUCCGUGUUUCAGUGCACCAGACUGAAAACAAUAAUAAAAACAUUGAACCAG